CCUCACAGCACACUUCCAUCAUGUCGAACGUCGAGGACCUUCUUCGAGAUUUUGAGGACGACGACGAGGAUCUCCAGAUUGAAGAUGGUCUGGAGGACGACAACGGCAAUGAAGAUGAUCACAUGGUGGACGAGGAGCAGCUGGCGCAGCCAGCGGCCCCCGAGAUCACCAACGAGUUCGACGUCGCGCUGUCGACCCAAGACGAACUGACCCGCCUACACAAGGUCCUACGCGACCACUACUCGAUCCGAUUCCCCGAGCUCGAGACGCUCGUAACGACGCCGCUCGACUAUGCCAAGACGGUGGCGAUUCUCCAGAACGGUCCGCUCAACGACAUCAAGGCCUUGUCGACCUCCGCGGACAACAUGGUCGGCGUGCCCCUCCGGUCGGUCCUGGACGGUCCGUCGUUGAUGGUCGUGGCGGUGGAGGGUACGACGACGCGCGGCCGCGAGAUGACCGAGUCGGAGCUCAAGGCGGUGCUAGACACGUGCGAGCGGAUCUUGAAGCUCGAUCGCGAGCGCACCGCGCUGACGGAGAGCAUCCAGUCGCGCAUGAACCAGAUUGCGCCCAAUCUUGCAGCGCUGGUUGGACCGGAGACGGCAGCGCAGUUCCUCAAUCAAACGGGUGGUCUUCGCGAGUUGGCUAAGAUCCCCGCCUGCAACCUUGGCGCGCAAGGCUCCAAGCGGAAGGAAGGUCUGGGUUUUGCUACGAAUCACGGCAUUCGGGCACAGGGCUUUCUCUACAAUUCGCCUAUCAUCCAGGAGAUUCCGAACGACCUGAAGCGGCAGGCUAUCCGCAUCGUGUCGGCUAAGAUGGUACUCGCUACUCGCGCCGACGUCUCCAACUACAGCCCCGAUGGCUCUCUGGGCGAGGAGCUCAAGCAGCAGUGCUACCAGCGGCUCGAGAAGCUGACGGAGCCUGCGCCGAACUCGGGCACCAAGGCGCUUCCCGCCCCGGAUGACAAGCCCUCCCGCAAGCGCGGUGGUCGACGGGCCAGAAAGGCCAAGGAGGCCGUGGCGAUGACGGAGCUCCGCAAGGCCCAGAACCGGGUGGCCUUUGGCAAGGAAGAAGCGGAGGUGGGAUAUGGCACGGGAGAAGGAACGGUGGGGUUGGGCAUGCUUGGUCAACAGAACGACGGCCGCAUCCGCGCCACGCAGAUCGAUCAAAGAACCCGGGCCAAGCUCAGCAAGAACAACAAGGGAUGGGGCACCGCGACGCCCGUCAGCGGGACCUCGACCUCUCUCCGCGCGUUCGGAGGCGGGCCCGGAAUCAGCGGAACUGCCAGCGUCCUCCAGGCCAAGGGUCUGCGGGCGUCUGGUAUCGGUACCUCGUUGGGGGGCUCCGCCGGCACGGCCAGUACUAUUGCUUUCACUCCUGUGCAGGGGCUGGAGCUGGUCGAUCCCAAGGUGCAGGCCGAGUUGAACCGCAAGCGCAAGGCCGAAGAAGAUCGCUGGUUCAAGUCCGGGACCUUCACGCAGGUUGGCGGGCAGUCGAACGGCAGCAAUACCGCAUCGCAGGGGGAGAAUGGAGGCUUCAAGGUCCCAGCCAUGCCGCCGCGAAAGAAGGUCGACACCGGCGACGGCAAGAUGGCACCGCCUCCCGCGCCCCUGAAGCGGUAGUCGCAGUCUACAAUCUUGAUUUUUCCAUGUUGAUUUCUGAUCACGAGCAUUUUUACCGGCGUUCUAAAAGAUUGCGCAGCCCUGCAUGAUACCAUUCCAAGAAAGAAAUUAUGUAUGAUAGGAUGAUUAGUCCAAUCAAAUAAACCACGAAAGACUUGGCCGUUUCACCCUUGAGUCUAACUUCGAGCGAGAAACCGAGAAACACAUAAAGAAUGUAUAGAAAGGGUUUGGCAGGGCCGAUUGGCAGUCGGGUCUGGUCCCGUGCCAACCCAGACUCUCCUUAGCCAUGGUUCUGGCCGACGAUGGUGAAAUCGGCGCAGAACAAUAGCGGCCGAACGCAAGCAAG